CCCAUGCCGGCCUCGGUCCUUCUCGGCUCCGGCGGGAGCUGUGCUGCCGCGGCUGGGGGGGAGGCAAGCGCAGCGCAGCCGGCGUUCGUGGCCUCUCGCCUCGCCUCCGUGCUGGCGUGCCCUGGACGGUGCCUGGCCGGGCUGGCGGGCGCGCUCCCUCGCGGCCGCGCCUCGGGCCCAAGAUGCCCGCCUGGGCGAUCCUGCCCCUCGCCCUGCCCGCCUUCAGCAUCACCGGCAUGUGGAUCGUGUAUGCUAUGGCUCUGUCCAACAACCACAUCUGCCCAGUCCACAACUGGAUUUAUAAUCAAUCGUGUGAGCUCGAGAGCCCCAUUUCCUGUUGCACCCUGGAUCACAUUCCUCUAGUCAGCAAGUGUGGCACCUUCCCCCCAGAGAGUUGCUUCUUCAGUCUGAUUUGCAGUCUAGGCUCCUUCAUGGUGAUGCUGGUUGGCCUGCUGAGAUACGCGCAUGUCCUAGAGCAGUGUGGCUCUUCCCUUCUCAACACUGUGGGGCUGGCGGCAGGCUGGAUCUGUGCAGCUGGUCUCAUUAUGGUUGGCAACUUCCAGUGCUUGGAUGAAAUUGACUAUGAUGAUUUUCACUUUGGCCAUCGUAUAAUGGAGCAGAAGGACCUUAUGGAGACAGUUGAAGGUCCGUUUCUCACUAUAUUAGAGCAGCCGAAGCAGCGAGGCUUCCGGUUCCGAUACGGCUGUGAAGGCCCCUCUCAUGGUGGAUUGCCAGGAGCAUCUAGCGAGAAGGGGCACAAGACUUACCCCACUGUCAAAAUCUCUAAUUAUGUUGGGCAUGCUAGAAUAGAAGUGGACUUGGUGACUCACACUGAUCCUCCACAAGUACAUGCCCACAGCCUGGUGGGGAAGCAGUGCAACGAAGCUGGGAACUGCAUUGUGAUGGUGGGCCCGAAGGAUAUGACUGCACAGUUUAAUAACUUGGGUGUGCUUCACGUGACAAAGAAAAACAUGAUGGAGAUCAUCAAGGAAAAACUGACAAAACAGAAGAUGCGGAACAGGGUGCAGCUUCUGACAGAAUCUGAGCAAGAGGCGGUUGACCUGGAGGCAAAGGAGCUGAAGAAAACGAUGGACCUCAGCAUUGUUCGCCUGCGAUUCAGUGCCUACCUUCGCGACAGCAGCGGGGACUUCUCUCUAGCCUUGAAGCCAGUGAUUUCAGACCCCAUUCAUGAUAGCAAGUCUCCUGGAGCUUCCAACCUGAAGAUCUCCCGGAUGGAUAAGACGGCUGGCUCCGUGCGAGGAGGGGAUGAAGUUUACCUGCUCUGUGACAAAGUCCAGAAAGAUGAUAUUGAGGUGCGGUUUUAUGAAGAUGAUGAGAACGGCUGGCAGGCCUUUGGGGAUUUCUCCCCCACAGACGUGCAUAAACAGUAUGCCAUCGUGUUUCGCACCCCGCCUUACCACAAGAGCAAGAUAGAUCGUCCAGUCACAGUGUUCCUCCAGCUGAAGCGCAAACGAGGGGGUGAUGUGAGCGACUCCAAGCAGUUUACCUACUACCCAGUGGUGGAAGAUAAGGAAGAAGUGGAAAGGAAGCGGAAGAAGACGCUACCCCAGUUCCCUCAGCAUUUUGGGGGUGGUGCUCCCAUGGGAGGUGCUGGCGGUGGCACUGGAGGCUAUGGCUCUGGAGGAGCUGGGAAUCCUUGGCACUCGUCUGGAUACAACCCUUAUAACAGCAGCAUCUACCUUUCUGGCACCCACCCCAUGGGCAGUUACCAAGGAGGAAGAGGCAUCCAUAUGCCAAGUAGUUCUCGACUGGAAGAAGCUGAACACCGUUCCUCAGAAGAUGGGAACCCGCUCCCCGUGGAGGAAAAGAGAUACCUGGAUCUGCUGCAGCAUGCUCAGGAUUGCAGCUCAUGGAUGUUGAUGUUGGCACGGCGCAGCGCCCAGGCCCUCCUGGACUACGCAGUCACUGCUGACCCGCGUAUGCUCUUGGCUGUACAGAGGCACCUUGCAGCUUCUCAGGAUGAGAAUGGAGACACGCCUUUGCACUUGGCUAUUAUCCAUGAGCAGACGGCUGUGGUUGGGCAGUUGGUCCAGGUGGCGGUCAGCAUCCCCAAUCAACAGAUCAUCAACAUUGCCAAUCGUUUGCAGCAGACCCCCUUGCACCUUGCUGUGAUCACCCAGCAGCCCAGGGUGGCUGCCUACUUACUGCAGGCUGGUGCAGACCCCACCCUGCUGGAUCGCUAUGGAAACUCAGUACUGCACCUGGCUCUGCAGUCGGGGGAUAAGGAGAUGCUGUGGAUGCUCUUCUGCCACCUGGGUGCCCAUACCCUCCAACUUCUGGAGACACCUAACUAUUUUGGUCUUUUCCCUGUGCACCUUGCUGUGAAGUGCAAGAACAUGGCCUGCCUUGAGCUGCUGGUUGAGAAGGGAGCCAACGUGAAUGCUGUCGAGCGGCAGAGUGGCCGCACGCCUUUGCACCUGGCAGUAGAGAUGGACGACUUGAACCUGGCCUCGCUCUUGUUGAAGAAGCUGGGGGCUGAUGUUAACGCCUGCACAUCUGCCGGGAACACUCCUCUCCACUUAGCAGCAGGGAUGGGCUCACCGAUCCUUACGAAGCUGCUUAUCAAAGCAGGGGCAGACGUCUCGUGUGAGAAUGACGAGCCCAUCUUGGCCCUGUCUUCUGACCCAAGUAGUGAUGCUGAAGUAGAGGAGGAGUGGAUCAUGGACCUGGGAGAGCCGUGUACGGAUGCAGUGGUAGGAGCGGAGGAGUACCAUGUGGGCUGUGAGAGCAAAGCGUCUGGCAUCAAGCAGGGCCGGGGACACACCCCGUUCGACUUGGCUCGCAGCCAAAAGGUGCAGAGUAUUUUGCUGGACGCCUCAUUAAAGCACCCGGGGAAGGAGCAAAGUGCUACUUCUCCUAGGCAAGGGAGCAUCCUGUCACUAGACAGUGGCAGCCUCCAGAGUCUAGAGCAGCUCCUGAACCGGAACUGCCAAGGUGCUGACUGGUGUGAGCUAGCCAAGAGGUUGGGCCUCUGCAGUCUGGUGGAGACCUAUAAGGGCACCAUUUCCCCCAGCAGGAGACUCCUGCAAAGCUACGAGCUGGCUGGGGGCAGCCUGCGGGGUCUGAUGGAUGCUCUUGGCUCCAUGGGAUUGGUGGAGGAAGCGAGGCUGCUGGAAAAGCAUGACACCUUUGUCAAGCUGCAGAGUGCAGAGGUGAAGGAAGACAGUGCUUACGGGAGCCAGUCCGUGGAGGAGGAGGAAGAGCCAGCAGCCCAUCCUGCGAAGCUGCAGCUAGCCGCCUCUGUGGAUCCGCCAGCCUCGUUGCCGUGCAGCCAGCAGGAGCAAGUGCACUGAUGCUGGAAGAGCAGAGUUCUGCCAGACUCGGGGGGGAAAGGGGACUUGAGGCCCAAGCCUUGGAAGAGCCAGGGUUCCUGCUUCAGGGGCUAGGAAUACUGUGUGAAGCCCAACUCUACUUGAAUGUUCACAGUUUGCAAAAGGUGGGAUUCUUUGGCUGUUCCCCCCGUUGUGUUUUCUUGCUGCAUGAGGCCUGAGUUGCGAAAGAAGCUCAAACCCACUUAGCUGGUUUUUGCCACUCUUGGCAGGCUCUGGUCCAUGCCUGAUUGGAACUUAGCAGCUUUUCUUUCUGGGAUACUGUACCUCUUCUGGGAUUGGUUGGACAACAGAAUUGGCUUCCUUGGAAGAGCAUCCAUCUUGCCAGACUCUGAUCCUCUGGGUGCCUUUUAUGCCCUGUUGAUUCAAGUGCCUUCUACUUGGGAACUGACGCUCCCCUGCUCUCUGGGACCAAGCUUUACACGCAGGCUUGGAUGUUUUAUGGCAGACUUCUUGGACAAUUGUGCCAAAAGUGCAGUAUGGUGGGAUCUUUCAGUUUCUUUAGUCCAGUCAUCAGCUAAUAGCUGGGCUGGGCUUGGAAGUGUUCCCGUUGGGUCAUUUGCCAUGGUCCCACAAAGUCUCUGCCAUUUUGUGGUUGCACAUCCCUUUCAGUUAUUUGUCGAGAUCAUACUGGGUCCAUCCCUUAAGUGCAAUUUUAACUUGUGUAUGUGGCUGGUAGUAGGGAAAUUACUCGGAAACGACAAAAUGUACUUUUCUGAGAAUGAUUGUAUGUUCUGCUGUGCCCAGAUCUAGCGGAGGAGGAAGUGGACGUGUGCCCUCGCUCUUCACCACUGAAUUUUUCAGAAAAGGCUACUGAAGGGGAAGUUUUUGUUGUGCACAGAGAAAAUCCUAGUAGUGGGAGAUUCUCUGAAGGGUGAAGACUUGAGCACCUUCUCUCAUCUACCACUUUUAAACCAGUGGCUUAGGUUGAGGAGCUGAAUGUCAGGAUGACGACUUCAGUUCCAGAUCUGUCUGGGACUCUAAAUGAAAACUCCUAAUCGUGUGCUCCGAAAGCGCCCAACUCGGGAUCGGAAUAAACAAUGCACAGCUGUUUCAUA